AUGUUCGCCCAGUCCUCUGACCCCCAGUUCGCCUUCUACUUCCAGGAACUGCUGGCCCUCGCUAAUGGCGCCGCCGGCUCCAACACGGGCGAGGUCCUCCGAGCCGCCUCGCAGAUUGUCCCCGGCGACUUCGAGUCCUUCUACUCCGAGUUCAAGUUCCUCGCCGACGCCAUCCACGAGCAGGGAGUCCAGGCCGAGGCCAAGGGGUAUAACAUCUCGGCCAGCUCGGCCUACUUCCGCUCGGCGUCCUAUUACCGCGCCGCCGACUUCUUCAUCCACGGCAACGUCAGCGACCCGAGGCUCUACACGCUGUGGGAUAAGCAGAUGGCCGACUUUGACAAGGCCACCGCCCAGCUGCCCGCCCCCGCCGAGCGCGUUACCGUCCAGGCGUCCAACUUUACUAUCCCGGUCAUCUUCUACCCGGCCCAUCCACACACGCGGCGGAGGAGCGGUAGCAAGAAGAGUUGCUCGCCCGAGCGCCGCAUCCCGACCCUCCUCGUCGGCAGCGGCUACGACGGCGCCCAGGAGGCCCUGUACCACAGCAUCUGCUACGCCGUACUCGCCCGCGGCUGGAACUGCGCCACCUACGAGGGGCCCGGCCAGCCCACCGUGCGCCGGCAGCAGGGGCUCGGCUUCCGGCCGGACUGGUGGUCCGUCGUGACCCCCGUCGUCGACUACCUGCACACGCGGCCCGACGUCGACACGCGCCGCGUGGCCCUCGGCGGCUGGUCGUUCGGCGGCACGCUGGCGCCCCUCGCCGCGAGCAGGGAGCGCCGCCUCGCGGCCGUGCUGGCAGUCGACGGGCUCUGGGACCUGCUCGACGCGCAGCUGCCGGGCAUGCCGGGGUUCAUGCGCGCCGCCUUCGAGUCCGGCAACGGCACCGCCUUCGACGCCGUCGCGUGGGCCGUGUACAGGUCCCCCGAGGCGCCGAGCUUGUUCCGCUGGGCCAUGGACCAGGGCCUGUGGGCCUUCAAGACCGACAGCCCGUACGACUGGCUGCGCCAGCUGGGCAUGUACAACCUCGAGGGCGGCGUGCUGGACGCGGUCGAGGCGCCGCUGUUCGUGGCCUCCGGGCAGCACGACACCAUGGCGCCGGGCCAGGCGGAGAUCGUGGCCAAACACCUGAAGCCGGAGAAGGGCGAUGCGUACGUGCUGUUCAAGACGGAGCUGGGCGCCGGCGAGCACUGCCAGCUCGGCGCUGAGGGGCAGCUGGCGCUUCAGGCGCUGGACUGGCUUGCGGGCGUGUUUGACAGGGUCGGGUCGGCGACGAAGGGGAUGUAG